AUGGCGUCUCCAGAGGGGUCUAACGCUCCGGUGCGGGAUCAGGCGGCUGGUGUUGACGCGAACGCGGUCCUCCCGGCUUCUACCACUCCUGGUGCGGGCCCGGUCUCUCCUUUGUCAGGGAAGACUCCUGCGAUUUCUGUUCCUGAUCCCGUCGCGCCUUCGCCUGCUGUUGCGGCUGAGCUCGCGCCUGCUGGAGGGGAGGAUGAUGAAGAGGAUGAUGACGACGAUUACUUAAGCGACGACUCUGAUGAAGGCAUCGACGCGAAGGCCAAGGGUGUGCUAGCGUCUAAGGCGCGCGUCACGCUGACGCUACUGAUCCCGUUCGAGCUGGAGAAGGAGAUGCCUGCGGUGAAGCCAUCAGUGAAGGCUCUACUGGUCUACUUGCGGAAGAAGUUGUCAGAUAACGCUUUGGAUGGUCUCGCAUUUCAGGAGCUACUACCGACGUACCUAUCGCACAUUCACUUCUGUCGCCUUCAAGUCACGCUCGCCACGGCUGCUGAUGCGGAGGUGGUGCGUCAGCACUGGGUGGAGCACGUCGUCGGAACCACGAAGCAUCAUUUCGGUUGGCUGCACCCGGUCAACCGCGCUUUCAUGAAGGUGAAGAGCGAUCUGCCGGAGGGGGUGGAAGUUUUGCUUAAGGGGAUACCGACGGAAAUCACACCGCUCAUUGUCUACGAGUCGCUGGUGGUCGCGUCGCUGCAGAAGCGCGGCCGUUCGGCGUUCCUGCAGGGAGCGGGGUUUCACCGCGUGGUUGACCCGGUCUCAGGGUUGGAUACUGAUAAGAUUCGUGGCCUGGUCGUUCCGCACCCCGGGGACAAAUAUCGCUGGCGUCACGUGGUGGAAGACCCGCUCACUGAUUCGGCAGGGGUGGUGAGGAAGAUCCUCCGGGACCCGGCGCUAGUCCUUAUCUCAACGGGAGCCAACGUGGAGGAGUGGCUCUGUGUUCAGGAGUGUUGCGAGCGUGCGCAUGGGGAUACCUUUGCCCAGGCAGCGGCUCACAUCGGUUCCUUCAGCCAUGGUGCGGCGUUGGGGUCGGCGGGUGUUGCGACCCGUGCGUCCAAGGCGAAGCUGAGCCUGCAGGCAGCGAAAAAGCUGUACGGAAUUCGUGCGGAAAAGGCGAAGGGGAAGUGA